CCGCCCGACUCCAAGAUGGCGCCCGCGACGGCUGCCCGCUGCCAAGAUGGCGGCGCGGGGCCGCGCCCGCGCUCCCGGGCUCUCCUCCCCCAGCCUCCCUCCGGCCGGGAGCGCGACUCGCGUCGCCGUACGGCGGUUGGCCUGCGGCCUGGAUGGUGGGGCAGCUGCCCGCCCCGCACCAUGCGGCUCCUUGGCUGGUGGCAGGUACUGCUGUGGCUGCUGGGGCCUCCCGCCCGCGGCCAGGAGGUUGCAGAGAAAAGAGGUCACUUAUGGUCAGAGGAGCAGCCUGCCUACCCAUUCCAGGUGGGGGCUGUGUACAUGAGUGAGGAGGUGCCUUCCCGUGAGCCAGUGGGCCAGGACUCGUCUGCAGAAGAGGCCGAGGCGGUGCUGGGGCUGGAUGCCGGUGGUGACCACAUGGUGAUGUUGUCUGUGAUUCCUGGGGAAACCAAGGACAAACUGAGCCCAGAGCCCAGUGGCGGCACGUGCGGGGCUGGAGGGGAGGAGGACUCCAGCUGCAACCUCCAGGAGAGCCUCUUCUCUCUGGACAGCACUGGAGCAAACUUCCUGGAGAGAGAAGAGGAGUACUACGCGGAGCCCGAAGUGGUGGAAUCCGACCCCGCCCCGCCAGAGGACUCCAACACCACCGAAAGUCUGAAAUCCCCAAAGGUGAACUGCGAGGAGAGAAAUGUGACAGGAUUAGAAAAUUUCACUCUGAAAAUUUUAAAUAUGUCACAGGACCUUAUGGAUUUUCUCAACCCAAACGCUAGUGACUGCACCCUAGUCCUGUUUUACACCCCUUGGUGCCGAUUUUCUGCCAGUUUGGCUCCUCAUUUUAAUUCUCUGCCCCGGGCAUUUCCAUCUCUUCACUUUUUGGCACUGGAUGCAUCUCAGCACAGCAGCCUUUCUACGAGGUUUGGCACCGUAGCCGUUCCUAACAUCUUGUUAUUUCAAGGAGCUAAACCAAUGGCUAGAUUUAAUCAUACAGAUCGAACACUGGAAACGCUGAAAAUCUUCAUUUUUAACCAGACAGGUAUAGAAGCCAAGAAAAAUGUGGUGAUAACUCAAGCUGACCAAAUAGGCCCUCUUCCCAGCACUUUGAUAAAAAGUGUGGACUGGUUGCUUGUAUUUUCCUUAUUCUUUUUAAUUAGUUUUAUUAUGUACGCUACCAUUCGAACUGAGAGUAUUCGGUGGUUAAUUCCAGGACAAGAGCAGGAACAUGCGGAGUAGUGAUAGGCUCAAAGGAGAGUUGGAAAGAAGAAUUUCAAGCCUUCAUUUCAGAAAUUAAUGCUACAAUUUCAUACAUUUUCUCCAGUCGUGUUGACUUACAACUUCAGUCAGAUUGAAAGAAUCAUGUGUUCGUUGAACUGUUGAAUGUGUAAAAAAAUUAUAAACUGGUGUUUUAACUAGUACUAUAAUAAGAAAAUGCAAAAAUAUUCAAUAGAAUUCACCAUUCUUGUUUUUACUACUUGAACAUAACCCAGUAUUUAAGGGAGUAAUCCAGUUUGACAUGCGAAGAUGUAUUCUGGUGGAAUAGUGAGUAGAAUGACAGUAUGCCUACUAUAUAAAUGGCAGAGAUAGGACUUUCAGAUGAUAGUUUUAGAAAACUCUUUGAUUUCUUGUAUACGUAUAAGAAAGUUGGUUUUCUGUUCAUUUGCUGUUUCUCUCCCAGAGUCAGUAAGCAGGAAAGUAUUCUUUUACGGGAAGAAUAAUUAGGAUCAAUAAAUGUGACCCUACAAGUAGCAACCAAUGGGAAAAUAAAGAGUCAAAUAAC